CUUGGGUUCGUAUGAGUUGCCGGUAUGCUUGGUCUAAGGGCCACUAUUAGCGCUUCCUUUUCUCCCUAAAGAUUCAGCCCGUGGGCCCUCGCAAUGCCUAGACACGCCACCCCGAAAAGGAGCGGUGUGAAAGGCUAGUGGAAGAUCUGAGCUGCUUGUUGCUUUUCACUGGGUGCUCAGCUGCACAGGUUACAAAAACCAUGCAUUGUUAGCACGGUCGCUCGGCCCAUUUCACCUUCCAUCCUAUCCUUCUAGACAUACAAAACCUACUCAGGGGGAACGAACUUCUCCACAUCUAAUCUCUAAUCUCUCCACAGCCUCAUAUUCUUCCUAAACUUCCCUCACGUCAAGCCCAAUGCCUCAAUGGCUCGGCUCCAUGACGUACCAGGAUGACCAGUCCCUGGCCGGCGUAUUCACGAUCAAAGGCGAGCAAUGGGUAUUCGAGAACCCGCGAGCAAAAACAGCCGCGACCUUCCAACAUGCUCCGGCUGUUGUGAAUAUUCCCUGGAAGGAGGUCGAAAAUAUCCGACAUUCCCUCCGUGUGCGUGAGCCUUUUACCGCGAUUAUCAGCGGGUCUACUAUGGAGAUCACUUGGUCGAAUGGGGUUCGAAUCACGGCAAAUGUGCCGCAUUCUGGUGAUUAUGGGUAUUUCUCGGGGGAGGGUGGUUGGCGGGCGCAGUGAUAUUCAGUAAUGGCAGCGGCACUGGUUGAAGCUUUCUUUUUGGUUCUUGCUGGAUGAUUUUUGUGUUUUUG